GGGGGCAUGCCGGUCAGACGCUCCGAACGAAUCCGGUGUGAUGCACUCGAAGCUCGGCUGUGAGUGAUUCGAAGUGAGCAUGAAGGACACCGCCGAGUCGAAGGAGCACCAACUCACUGUGGCCUUGAGGAUCCGGCCCCUCAGCGAUGGCGAGCAGGAGGAGGCGGCGACCAUUGUGGCGCACAGGCUAGAUGAGCAGAUGGUGAUCCUGAUGGACCCCAUGGAGGAUCCCGAUGAUGUCCUGCGGGCCAACCGCUCCAGGGAAAAGACUUACGUAUUUGAUGUUGCCUUUGAUUAUUCGGCCAGUCAGGAGGAGGUGUACCGUGCCACCACCAAGGGUCUGAUCGAGGGCCUCAUAUCGGGCUACAAUGCCACUGUGUUCGCCUAUGGACCCACAGGUUGCGGGAAAACAUACACCAUGCUGGGUACCGACAAGGAGCCCGGAAUCUACGUCCGCACCCUCGACGACCUCUUCCGGGCCAUCGAAGAAACCAGCGACGACAUGAUGUACAGCGUCUCCAUGUCCUAUCUGGAGAUCUACAACGAGAUGAUCCGGGACCUGCUGAACCCAUCUUCGGGCUUCUUGGACCUCAGAGAGGACGCCAAAGGAGAGAUUCAGGUGGCGGGCAUCACUGAAGUGUCCACCAUUAACGCUCAAGAGAUCAUGGAGCUGCUGAUGAAGGGCAACAAGCAGCGCACGCAGGAGCCCACGGCCGCCAACCAAACAUCGUCCCGCUCCCACGCCGUGCUGCUGGUGGCCGUCAAGCAGCAGAGUCGUUGCCGUGACGUCCUGCAGGAAGUCCGCUUUGCCCGCCUCUUCAUGAUCGAUCUGGCCGGCUCUGAGCGCGCAGCACAGACCCAGAAUCGAGGUCAGAGGUUAAAAGAGGGAGCCCACAUCAACCGCUCCCUCCUGGCGUUGGGCAACUGCAUUAAUGCGCUGAGCGACAAGAACGGCAACAAGUACAUCAACUAUCGAGACAGCAAGCUGACCAGACUGCUCAAGGAUUCUUUGGGGGGGAACAGCCGAACCGUCAUGAUCGCCCACAUCAGUCCUGCCUCAGUAGCCUUCGAGGAGUCCCGCAACACGCUGACCUACGCCGACCGUGCCAAAAGUAUUCGUACGCGGGUGAAGAAGAACCUGAUCAACGUGUCCUACCACAUCGCUCAGUACACGAACAUCAUCUCGGACCUUCGCUGCGAGAUCGAACGACUCAAGAAGAAGAUCGCCGACCAGGCAGGCUGCCAGCUCACCUCCGACAGGACCGAUAUCCGCCAUGUCCAGGCCGAGGUCCAGGCGCAUUCCUGCCAGCAGGGUCGGGCCGAAACGGACCAGCUGAGGGAGCAGCUCAUGGACGCCUUCCGCCAACAGAUGGAUAUCCGCAGGAAUCUGAUGGAGCUGGAGACCAGCAGCACGGAGAUCCAGAUGGACACCUCCAAGCAGCUGCUGACUAUCGCAGACUGGGAACAUGAAAGGAGCAGGCGACGGCGGAAGUGGCACGCGGAAAAGCGAAAGGAAAGCGUCAGCAAGGACGACAGCGAGAAGGACUCGGACUCUCCGGAGUCUCCGCCGGACACCGCCGAGACGGAAGAGGUGGCCAUGGCCAGAGAGAAUCUGGUGGGCCUCAUGUCGGAGCAGAAGAAACUCCACAAACAAAAGGCGUUGCUGGAGCGCCGAUUCUUGGAGCUUCGCGACCAGUCCAGGCAACUGGGGGAGCUGCUACCCCGGCAUGUGAGCUCAGAUGACCAGCGCGAGGUCCUGUGCCUUCUGUGCAAGGUCCACGAGCUCGAGAUCGAGAAUGCCGAGAUACAAUCGCAUGCUCUGCUCAAGGACAAUGUGAUCCGGCAGAAGAAUUUUGUGGUCCGCCGCUUUGAGAUGCACCGGCACCUUUGCGAUGAACUCAUCCAACAGCAGCGGCAGUUCAUUGAUGAGCACAGUUUGCUAGUGCCGCCGCACCUACAGGAGCUCUAUGAUAUUUACACCAGAGAACGGGAUGAGAGGAAACUGGACCGGGUUGUGGCUCUGGAGAGGGCAACCACCCACCACACCAUUCAGGUGACCUCCCUACCUAAGAUUGGAAUGCCUCCUCAGGCUCGCGACACCGUGCAAGAUGUGGACUCGGACCAGGAGUGCGUACGGCCUGAAGAAAGACGAGGACAUGCCAAACUUCGCCGCCACACGUUGCCCCCCAUCCUGCCUGAACCUGAACAGGACAGCGACAGAGUUUUCAAAAACAUCUCUCAUGCACGACACAUGAAAAUAUCAGCUGUAAUGACCCCUCCUCCCAUCCACAUCAACGGGAAGGGCAACAGAGAGCUGCAGCCACUGGCUCCAGUCAGCUCGCUGAGCUACACUCACCUCAGCCACAGCGUUAGCAGUCAACUGGAUUCAUCACCCGAGAGCAGCGAGGCGGGUGUCGACGCCCCGCUUUCGGGAAAUGAGAGGCAGCAGAUCCUCAAAGGCAUCCAGAACAUUUCAAUGAAGGCGGCACGCCGGCGCUACAAGGCCCGGGAGGAGGAGGCCUUGCGCUCGCUGCCCGCCCCCUCCUCCACGGAGCGCGCCAAGCAAAAAAGCAGCCUCUUUAGCAGCGAGGAACCCCCAAGGGUUCUGCCGGUGCGGCGCAGCAGGCAGCCUAGCCCUGAACUCCAGCACGCCACCUCCGACGAAAACCUGUCCAGCAGCACCUGCGAGGGACCCAGCCUCCUGGCCACCUGGACGCGGCACCACAAGCUUAUCGGCAAGAACCAAACCCCCCGAGACGCCGACUUUGAGGCACGCCGCAAGAAGAGACGCUCACGCUCUUUUGAGGUCACUGGACAAGCAGUGCCUCAAGCCAAAACGAACACGGGUGCAAGGUUACGCCCCUUGGACAGCACGUCAGACGCUCACCUCCACAUCAGUGGUCAGUCCCAGGUCCCGUUACUCCGCCCCCAAUUCAGAGUAGUCCCGCCUCUUGCCAAAGUCAGAGUAGCAAUUGGCAGCCAGCAAGCAGGCCCAAACUCGGAGACCCCCGCACUCCAGGCGAAUAACCUGAAGCGCAUCCCCUUUCUGCGGCAACCCCAGCCACCCCUCUACAUCACUACCACCACCACCACAAUGGGGGGCCAGCAGCGACCACGCCGACACUAAGCAUUACUUUGACUUGAACACAUGCCAGGAAGUCUGGAUGAUGACCGAGAGAUUAUGUCAUCGUGCCUGCAGACGCCAAAGAUCAUUACAUGUCCAAUUUCUGUCUUGUCUUCAUGUAUAAAAUAUAGAUGUAUUUUGCUGUGUGCUUCUUAACUGUUAGAACUGCAGGCCUAACCACUCGACCACCGUGUUGCCUCAGUUAUUGUGUUCCUAUUUCAUUUAUUUAUUAAUUUCAUUUUCCUUAUUUAACAGUUGCCUUGCUUAUAUUUGGCAUUGACUCGUGGUUUUAAUAAUUUCUACUUUCUGUGCUUUCUUUUUUUACAUAUUUUUUAUGACUGCUUUGAAAUAAAUUGAGGAUAAAAAUCAA